AUGGUUGUUGAGGAGUGUUUAGAGGAGAGAGAACCGGCUGAAUUGUUGAAGAAAUUCAACAAUGUUGAGAGGAGAGAGGGACGCCACGUGGCGCCCUCUGAAUGGCUCGACUAUUAUCAAGUCCCACAUCAAAUCUCCAACCAACGUCCUCAAAAUCCAAACUAUUAUCAAGUCCCACAUCAAAUCUCCAACCAACGUCCUCGAAAUCCAAACUAUUAUCCAGAUCCAAAUCAAUAUUCGUACCAACCUCCUCAAAACAUACAAAAUUUUAACCAGUCAUCAAUUGCUCCAAACUCUCAUCCAUCUUAUGGAUCUGUGAGAUAUUCAUCUCAAACACCCCAGUCUAGUGGUUAUAUGCCAGUGGUUCCUGAAAAUUUUCCGAGUGUUGAUGUGUCGGAAUUUCCGGAAUUUUCAACACAAGUCAAUCUUGGUGGCGGGUCAACUGAUAAUGAAGUCAAUGAAGUCACUCCUAAGAGCAAAAAAACCGUUUCACCCGCAUGGAACACUGCACAAAAUCUAGUGCUAAUUAGUGGGUGGAUUAAUUGUGGAACAAGCAGUGUUGUCGGAAGAAACCAGAAAGGAGAAACAUUUUGGAGAGAUAUUGCUGAGUAUUGUAAUGAGCAUUGCUCAUUCGAUCCUCCGCACGAUUGGGUUGCCUGCCGAAACCGUUGGAAUUAUAUGAACGCAAGAUUGGGUAAAUGGAUUGGCGCUUAUGAUAGCGCUAAGCGUGAGCAACGAAGCGGUUGGUCGGAGGAUGAUGUUAUCGCAAAAGCGCAGGAAUUAUUCGCAAGUGGGAAGAUUGGUCAAUUUACUUUCAUGGAAGAAUGGCGCGCUCUCCGUGAUCAACCACGUUUUUGUAGUCAGGUAGGAGGAAAUAGUGGCUCGAGAAGUAGUGGAUCUAAGAGAUCACACGACAGUGAUGCAAGUGGCUCAAACUCUAUAGGAUCAAUUCCUCGUCCAAUGGGUAGGGAGGCAGCUAAAAAAAAGAGUAAAAAGAAAAUUAGAGAAGAUGCUGACGAGGUGGUGGACAAAGAGUGGGAUUCUUAUAUCCAUUUCAAGGAGAAAGAGCUUGAAAAAUUGGAAAAGAUAGCAUCGGUGCAAGCAGAGACUAACGAAUUGAUGAAAGAGAAGACUAAUGCGAUGAAAGAGAAGACUAAUGCUAAGAAAGUUAGUAUGUAUCUAAAGCUAACUUCGGAAGAGCAUCUCAGUGACCGUAAGAAAGAGUUGUUAGAGCAGUUGUCCAAAGAGCUAUUUGGAAAUUAAUUUCAAGCGAGUCUUUGUCUGUAUUCGGUCAAACUUGUCAGUGGUGUGAAGUCUGUAGUGUUUGCUUUAAUGUUUGCUUUAAUAAUUUUCAAGUGGUGACAACUAUGUAAUGUUUGCUUUAAUGUAUGGGUAACUGUGUUUGAAUAUGUACCACUCAAUUCGAAUCUUGUCCUUUUCCGAUAAUUAACUCUGGUUGAUAACUUAUUUCAAAUCCGCCAGUGGUGUCAAGUCUGUAGUGUUUGCUUUAAUAAUUUGCCCGUGGUGUCAAGUCAGUAGUGUUUGGCUUUAAUAAUUCUCGGGUAACUGUGUUUGAAUAUGUACCACUCAAUUCGAAUCUUGUCCUUUUCCGAUAAUUAACUCUGGUUGAUAACUUAUUUCAAAUCCGCCAGUGGUGUCAAGUCUGUAGUGUUUGCUUUAAUAAUUUGCCCGUGGUGUCAAGUCAGUAGUGUUUGGCUUUAAUAAUUCUCGGGUAACUGUGUUUGAAUAUGUACCACUCAAUUCGAAUCUUGUCCUUUUCCGAUAAUUAACUCUGGUUGAUAACUUAUUUCAAAUCCGCCACUCAACCACCAUUCAAUGUACCUAUAUAUAUGGACUCAUAGAUCCAUUGAUGUACCAAUAUCCCAAAUCUCUUCCAAUCUACUUCAAAUUUCACAAAAAAUGGAUCCAUCUGAUUGCCCUUUUGAUCUUGCAGCAUACAUUCAAAAUAGUCAAAUUGAAGAAGCUUAUGUACUCAAC